AUGCUCCGACUCUUCUCAAGAAACCUUCCCACAGCUACCAAAUCUAUCACAUCAACAGUACGAACAAAUCAAUUUCUCCCAAGAACUACAUACCAGAUUGUCAGAAAUAUGAGUGGCGGCAAGGCUAGCACCGAUGAGCUCAAGGGCUCCAAGCUCUUUGAUGUUUCUCAUGUCACCGCUCUCGUCACUGGUGGAGGAACCGGUAUCGGUUUGAUGAUCACACAAGCGCUAGUUGCAAACGGCGCGAAAGUAUACAUCACAUCAAGACGUGACGAAGUACUGAAGAAGACGGAGGAGCUAUACAGCGGCGGUGGUCCAGGCCAAAUUAUUCCCAUCCAGGCAGAUGUCAGCGAGAAGGACGACGUAAAGCGCCUCUACGAAGAGAUGUGCCAAAAAGAGCCCAAAGGUAUCCAGAUCCUCGUCAACAACGCCGGCAUCGCCCGCGACGACAACACCAAGUUCUCCGCAAAUGGCCAACCAAACAUGGAAGACGCCCAAGCCAUCUCCGACCAUUUCCUCAAGUCGCAGCCUGAGAACUGGGCCGACACCAUGAAGACCAACGUCGGAAGCAUCUUCUGGAUGUCGAUGUACUUCCUGCCUCUCUUGGCUAAGGGCGGCAAGGUCACUCCUGGAUACAGCUCUCAAGUCAUCAACGUUAGCAGUAUCUCAGGAUACAUGAAGGGAAGCAGCAGCGGCCAGUUCUCUUACGCGUCGAGCAAGGCGGCUGCAACACAUCUGAGCCGCAUGUUGGCCACAACGUUUGCGGGUACCAAAGUCCGCGUCAACACCAUCGCGCCUGGUGUUUUCCCAAGUGAGAUGACUACUGGCACUUCCGACGAGGACAACAAGAGCCGCAUCGAGUCCGGCAUGAGCAACCCUGCUGGCCGUCCUGGUGCUGACACUGACAUGGCUGCGACUGUACUCCUGCUGGCUGGUCCAGGUGGCGUCUUCUUUAACGAGCAGGUCUUGUACCCUGACGGCGGAAGCACUCUCACACAGCCCGCAGCGCGGGCUUAG